CUCCAUCCGAAAAAAAAAAAAAACGAUGACUGUCACAGUGUGAAUGGUGGAUGCUCUUCACUCACUCGUUUUAGUUUCUCUCUCUUUCUGUCACGGUCAUCCAUUAACAGUGUCCAACUCCAUAUCUAUGUUCAUUCACUCUUCCUCUUCUAAUUACAACAAUUAAUCAAUUAAAUAAACGAUUCCGAACCUCGCUCACUGACUCACUCGCUGACUCGCUAUUUGGGAAUUGAAUGAUAGUGUUUCCGAAUGGACCCUCCUCUCAUCAACGAUUCCACAUUCUCCCCCGCUUAUUCUCUCGCCGAGAUUUGGCCAUUCUCUUCCUCUGCAGAACCACAAAUGCCUAUUCCCUUUCCCCAUCUCCCAGAUGCCUCCGCCGAGGACUCCACCGUCACCGACCACAGCGCCACCGCACCAAAUCACUCCAAGAGGAAGCGCCUCUCCUCCGAUGAACACUGCUCCAAGAUUCUCUCCACUACCACCACUGCUAAUGACUUGAAUGAUUCUGGCGAUAAACGGAUGAAAUUAGGAGGGUCAAGUGUUGAAAAUGAUAGUUUGAAAGCUGAGGCAGAAGCUAGUUCAACGGCUGCUAUCAAAUCAGUUGAACAAAGCACUAAACCUUCAGAGCCACCUAAGCAAGACUAUAUUCAUGUGAGAGCAAGAAGGGGUCAAGCUACCGAUAGCCACAGUCUAGCAGAGAGAGCAAGAAGAGAAAAGAUCAGUGAGAGGAUGAAAAUUCUUCAGGACUUGGUCCCGGGGUGCAACAAGGUAAUCGGUAAAGCGCUUGUCUUGGAUGAGAUAAUCAAUUACAUACAGUCGUUGCAGCGUCAGGUUGAGUUCCUUUCAAUGAAGCUUGAAGCAGUUAAUUCAAGAGUGAACAUGAGCCAUACUAUUGACGGGUUUCCUUCAAAAGAUGUUGGUGCUCAGCCAUUUGACGUUGCUGGGAUGAUAUUUGGAUCACAGGCAGCAAGGGGGUAUGCUCAUGGAUCACAUCCUGGAUGGCUGCAUAUGCAGCUAGGUGGUGGUUUUGAUAGAACAUAAUUCAAGGAACAUAAUGCUAAAAAUUGGGAAUGACAAACCAGUCAGUGGGAC